GCGCCCCCCGCGCCACGCCCCCUCGUCGUGGGGAGCGCGGCGGGGGCGGGAGGGGCGGGGUGAGUAGGCCCCGCGCGGGUAAAGGGGCCGCCUGGAGCGCGGUCCCUGCGUUCAGCGGUCGCCGCUCACCGACUCACCCUGCAGCCUCGCCGCCGCCCCUCCGCUGCCCACCACCGUCACCCGGGAAACGGGCUGUGAUCGCCGGUCGACCUGAUCCGAAGCUGGUUUCAUGGCAGCCGCGAAGAAAGCAGUUUUGGGGCCGUUGGUGGGAGCAGUGGACCAAGGCACCAGCUCGACGCGCUUUUUGGUUUUCAAUUCAAAAACAGCUGAACUACUUAGUCAUCAUCAAGUAGAAAUCAAACAAGAGUUUCCAAAAGAAGGAUGGGUGGAGCAAGACCCUAAAGAAAUCCUGCAAUCUGUCUAUGAGUGUAUAGAGAAAACGUGUGAGAAACUCGGAGAGCUCAAUAUUGAUAUUUCCAACAUAAAAGCCAUUGGUGUUAGUAACCAGAGGGAAACCACUGUAGUCUGGGACAAGCUGACUGGAGAGCCUCUCUACAAUGCUGUGGCUGCUCCAGUUUCUCCUGGCCCUUCAGAUCCAGUUGCCGUUGUUCCCUCUGGCUCUUCAGUUCCAGCUGCUGGCACUUCCUCAGUGUGGCUUGACCUAAGAACACAGUCUACCGUUGAGACCCUUAGUAAAAGAAUUCCAGGAAAUAAUAACUUCGUCAAGUCCAAGACAGGCCUUCCACUUAGCACUUACUUCAGUGCAGUGAAACUUCGCUGGCUCCUUGACAAUGUGGGACAAGUUCAAAAGGCAGUUGAAGAAGACAGAGCUCUUUUUGGGACCAUUGAUGCAUGGCUUAUUUGGAGUUUGACAGGAGGACCCAAUGGAGGUGUCCACUGUACAGAUGUAACAAAUGCAAGUAGGACCAUGCUUUUCAACAUUCACUCUUUGGAGUGGGAUAAUGAGCUCUGCAAAUUUUUUGAAAUUCCUAUGAAAAUUCUUCCAAAUGUCCGGAGUUCUUCUGAGAUCUAUGGCCUAAUGAAAAUCUCUCAUAGCCUGAAAGCUGGGGCUUUGGAAGGUGUGCCGAUAUCUGGGUGUUUGGGGGACCAGUCUGCUGCACUGGUAGGACAAAUGUGCUUCCAGGAUGGACAGGCCAAAAACACGUAUGGAACAGGCUGUUUCUUACUAUGUAAUACAGGCCGUAAGUGUGUGUUUUCUGAACAUGGCCUGCUGACCACAGUGGCUUAUAAAUUGGGCAGAGACAAACCAGUUUACUAUGCAUUGGAAGGCUCUGUAGCCAUAGCAGGUGCUGUAAUUCGCUGGUUAAGAGACAAUCUUGGCAUUAUAAAGUCCUCAGAGGAAAUUGAAAAACUUGCUAAAGAAGUGGGUACUUCUUAUGGCUGCUACUUUGUCCCAGCAUUUUCAGGGUUAUAUGCACCUUACUGGGAGCCCAGUGCAAGAGGGAUCAUCUGUGGACUCACUCAGUUUACCAACAAAUGCCAUAUUGCGUUCGCUGCGUUAGAAGCUGUUUGUUUCCAAACUCGGGAGAUCUUAGAUGCCAUGAACCGUGACUGUGGAAUUCCCCUCAGUCACUUGCAGGUAGAUGGAGGAAUGACUAGCAACAAAAUCCUCAUGCAGCUGCAAGCCGACAUUCUGUAUAUCCCAGUAGUGAAGCCCUCGAUGCCAGAAACCACUGCUCUGGGAGCUGCCAUGGCUGCAGGGGCUGCAGAAGGAGUUGGUGUCUGGAGUCUUGAACCUGAUGAUUUGUCAGCUGUGACAAUGGAGCGUUUUGAACCGCAGAUCAACGCUGAGGAAAGUGGUAUUCGUUACUCUACGUGGAAAAAAGCUGUGAUGAAGUCAAUGGGUUGGGUUACAACUCAAUCUGCGGAGAGUGGUGACCCUAGUAUCUUCUGUAGUCUGCCCCUGGGCUUUUUUAUAGUGAGUAGCAUGGUAAUGUUAAUCGGAGCAAGGUACAUCUCAGGUGUUCCAUAAGUAGUAUCAAUUCAACGGAUUCCAAAAGAUGCAAGCUUUUUAUGUAAUGAGAGAAUUCAGCGAUUCUGUCUUUUAAUAUGAUGACACUAUUAAUAGACUUUGAUUAUAUUUUUAAGCCACUUGCUGCAUGACCCUCCAAGUAGACCUUGUGGCUUGAAAUAAAGAAAAUGCAGCAGAAAUAAUUCUAUAGAAACAUUUGGUGUGUUUUUUAACAUUAAGUUAAGAUUGGACCAGCCACCUUUGGGGUUGACCCCUCCUUUAAUCACUGCCAGUCCUAUUCCCUCUAAGAUCUAGAAAGAAUCCAGAUCAUGUCUUUCAUCAGAGUGAAACAUGGAUAAGCCAGGAUUUGAUUACACUACCCAUGCUGGAUAAAGGGAUUUUUAUUACUAACACAGUAAAAAAAAAAAAAAAAAAAGAGCAACUGUAUGUUUGUCUCUUUAAAAAGAUUCCCCAAAAGUCCUCUAUUCUGCAUAGUAGGGAGAUCCAGCAUCUUUAGUAAAGUAUAAACAAAAACCUCUACAAAAUUCUAAAAAUGAAAAUUUAGUCUUUUCACAGCUUAGAUACUUUUUUUUAAAAAAGUUGUUUGCCAAAACUGGAAUUCUUCAGACAUUUUGCAUUGUCUCACUAAUUUUGCUGAAUUGUUAUCUGGAUCUUAUAGGGAAAGGUAUUUUUCCCCUUCAUCUCUCCUUUGUAUAUUUUUUAUUUUGUGUAUAAAUACAUGCCUAUUUUAUACACUAAGGGAUCCCAUUUAUCAAUAUAAUUGAGUACAACACAUGGUUUCACUAGUUAUACCAAAUUUCUGUUUGGAUGUUAAAAAGAACGGCCACUUUUUCUUCACUCCUUUUUAUAUUUCUUACUUUGUAUGCAUAAAAUACAUAUACAUUUUAUACUGAGGAUAGCCCAUUUCUAAAUUAAGAAAACGUUAUAUUCUGCAGUUUAUAAUGGAAGUAGUCUGAAGCUGACCACUGCACAAAUAUUUGGGAGAAAAGAGCUGUAUACAUUAUUGCACAAUGGCUAUGCAUAUUAUUUACCAGGAGAAACUUUUUCUUAACAAGACAAUAUUUAAAAUCUAGGAAAAUGUUCUAUGUCAAUAAAAGAAAAUGUAUUUUGUUGUGAUUUCAAUUAGAAUCCUUAUACCCUAUUUUUUAUUCAUAUAUAUGCACAUAUACAUGAAAAAUGAACGACUUACUAUAGAAAAUACUGUUUUCACACAGAAACAAUAGUCCAUGUAAAUUUAUUUUCUUCUAAUAUACUUGUAGACAUAUUUUGGAUGCUCUCAAAAAAGGUUAAAAACUUUAAGUUGAAAAAUACUUCGAGAGUAAAGCCAAGAACGCUCUCUCUAUUCAAAUAUGCCAUUAAUUGUUGAUAAAGAUCUGGGAUGACAGAGGAUUAUUAUCUCUCCUUUAAUAUCAUAUAACAACAGAAACCAUUUCCACGAGAAAUUCUAGUGAAAUUUCUCAAAAUAUUUAAUACCACAUGUUAAAAACCUCACCCAAUCUUGCUUGCUUCUUAAUGACAUUUUAAAAUAGCUUCAAGUUAAUUUCUGUGCAGUACAAGUACAAAAAUAUUGCCUCUUAAUCAUUUUUCAAUCAGUGCUGAAAUGAGAAACUAUUAACACAAAAGGUUUUGUUUUGUUUGAAAUUAAUGGUCAUUUGCAUCUGCAGUUCUGAUUGUGCUAUUUCCAAAUUACUGGAUUUUACUGAUGCCACUGCUAUGUUAGUGACAUAAUGACUAUAGAAAGGUACUUUGAAAUUAUUACUUUGUGGCAGGGGUACAUUUAGAUAUUGUUUCUACCAAGGUAGGUUGAGUUAUUUGUAAAUAAUUGUGAAAACCACUGUUCAGAUAAUUUUAAAAUUACAUUAAUUUUCUACAAAUCGCAAUAUUUAUAAAUGUAUGGCAUUGUACAUGUUGAUAUUUAAUGAUAAAUCUACUCAAAAUAAAUCAACCCCUUAUUUUUA